AAAAACACAAGCUAUUUAAUAAACUGCCGAUAGCUUACGAGUAUAAUAGAUGUAAACUGCUCAUCUGUGUACACAGGUUCUUGGAUAUUGUGAUUAAAAAAUAAAAAAGCUAAGACAAAACUGUUAUAAUAAUAAUCUCGUACGUUCAGUGGUUGACCUUGUUCAAGGAUUAUUAAAGACUGAUGUGUUUAAGUUCAUUCAUUUUUCUAAUUUUGUGACAUCUAGACGCGGCCAAACAAACAUGGCCGAGUUAUUUUUUGUGUUGCUUGUGGUGUGUUUACAAAGUUCUUUAGCCGAGCCAGAAAAAUGCGAAAUAAGAGGUGUGGAGGGGGAGUGCGUGCCAUUGCCCGCUUGCGAGCAAUACGUGGCCCUGCUGAAGAACACCUCCUCCACGGCGGAGGGCCUGCAGCUCACCGCGGAGAGGCGGUGCGGCUUGGACGUGAGGAAUGUUAAGGUCUGCUGCCCUGUGGUCCAAACACAAUUGUUAAGUUUCGAACAAAUCGAGGAAGACCAGGACCUAUAUGUCGACUCCUUCCCCGGUCACGACGUCUGCGGGAGGAUUCGUUUUCACCAGUAUAUAGAUAAAUACCGUAUUUUGAGCGAAGUCAGAGUCAGAAAGAGAGUCAGAAGAUCAGACGUUUUUUCAGUAUAUAACGGUACACCAGUAAUCUUGCGUGAUAAGUCUUCAUACAUGGCGCUGCUGGGCUACAAAUUGAACACCAACCUGCAGUGGCAGUGCGGAGGAUCGGUGAUUACAGAGAAGCACGUCCUCACGGCUGCACACUGCAUCUCCAGUUCCCUGCAUGUGGUACGGGUUGGUGAGAUCGAUUUGGCUUUCGAGGAGGAAGACGCACAGCCCAUAGAUUUCUACAUCAAGAAGAAAAUACCCCAUGAGCUGUAUUCUAAAUUCCAAAAUGACAUAGCCAUAGUUGUCUUGGAUGGAAGCAUUAACUUCAAGGAGGAACAUCAUGUUGGUCCCAUAUGCCUGCCGUUUGACGCCAAAAAGAAGAUGUUGCCAGAAUAUAAGUUUAAUAAUUAUAAGGGUACGUUUGUGGCUGGUUGGGGCGAAGCACCAGAAAAACCUGAAAGACCUACACAGCUGGCAUAUGCACAUGUGAAUAUCGUUUCUACUGACGAAUGCAAGAGUCUGUACGAGAACUAUUCAAGGACGAUAGACGAUCGUGUCUUCUGCGCUGGUGACUCCGAUUUUAAACACGACUCGUGUAACGGGGACAGCGGAGGGCCGCUGGUUGCUGAAUAUGUGGACGAAUUCGGCUACAAGUUUUACUCCCAGCUCGGGGUCAUCUCCUACGGGUACAGAUGUGGCGAGGGACCCUUCGUUGGUGUGCUCACCAAUGUCACCCACUUCAUGCCCUGGAUACGCCAGAAAGUGCUAGGGGAGAACCUGUAGUGCCUAAAUGAACCUACGCGGAGAAAAGGUGAUAAUUAGUCCAAAGGUGUCGGUGGCGGAUACCACAUUUCGAUAUUCAAGGAACGCAAGUUCGCUCCCCGAAAUAACUUUUGUUAAUGAUGAACCCUAUUAAAUAAUUUGAACAAG